AUGACAGAGCAAGAGUUUUCAGGAAAAUUCUUCUGGACUUGUGAGGAGAUUCAGGGUUUGUUGGUAUAUGGAUCAAUAGUGGAGUCGUCGUGCAUAGUUGAAAUCAAAACCACGCAUUUAUUUUUUUUUGGACAUGUGAAACUAUCGUUACAUCCUUUUGGAAUCCAAAAAGUGAUGACCCAACCAACCUAUUUUUAUUUGGCAAGAACUCUAUCGGCAGCUCUCGCUUAUUCUUCUUCAGGGUUCCGAUGAAAGUUAUUUUGUCUUGAAGAAGUUCCACUGCCAAAGGGUAACUUGAAUACCAAUUAUCGGAGG